AUGUCACCGGAUAUAUCCUACCCCGAAAAGGGGCCAUUCUCUACUUCGAAGAAUGCAAAUAGUGAUUCCUCCCUACCUCCCAGCGAUAGCGAUGCGGCCGCUGUGGGAUCCGUCUCCAAUAUAACGGAUGGGUCGCAAGCUCUGCAUCGGAAGCUGAGGGGAAGAGAAGUUCAGCUUUUUGCUAUUGGUGGUGCAAUUGGUACUUCUCUCUAUGUCCAAAUGGCCAACGCUCUCCCCAAAGGAGGACCAGCCGGUCUUUUCAUUGCCUUCAUGAUCUGGGGCAUCAUAAUGUGGGCCGUUAACGAGUGUUUUGCCGAAAUGGUGACAUACUUACCUAUACCAUCCCCAUUUAUCCGUUUCGGCAGAGAAUGGGUUGACGACGCAUUAGGGUUCGCCAUGGCGUGGAACUUUUUCCUCAACAUGGCAUUUCUCGUACCCUUUGAAAUCGUCGCGAUGAAUAUCAUGAUAACCUUUUGGACGGAUAAGGUCCCCGUUGAGGCGAUUAUUGUGGCUAUGAUAGUCGUUUAUGCUGUGUUGAAUGUUAUCAGUGUACGAUACUUUGGCGUUGCGGAGUUUUAUCUGUCGAUUUUCAAGGUUGUUUUGAUGCUGGGGCUGUUUUGCUUUACUUUUAUCACUAUGCUCGGUGGUAAUCCAAUUCAUGAUCGAUAUGGGUUUCGAUAUUGGGAUAAACCUGGUGCAUUUACCGAGCACCUUGCUUCAGGGGGCACCGGCAGGUUUCUUGGUAUAUUGUCAUGCUUGUAUCAAGCCAGUUUUUCAAUCACCGGCCCUGAGUAUAUUUCAAUGGUCGCUGCCGAAACAGAAAACCCCCGAAAGAUCCUACCUCCAGCUUAUCGAUCUUUUGUCUGGCGUAUACUCGUCUUCUUCGUCGGAUCCUCACUUUGCAUGGGCAUUGUCAUCCCCUACAAUGAUUCCACUCUUCUUGGGAUUAUAUCGGGAACAACCUCUGGCUCCGGCACAGGUGCGGCAUCACCAUAUGUCAUCGCCAUGGAACGACUCAAAAUCCACGUUUUACCUCACAUUGUAAACGCCCUUAUUAUGACAUCCAUCUUCAGCGCUGGCAACGGUCUCCUAUUCACAGCAACCCGUACCUUACACGGAAUGUCAAUCACAGGCCACGCACCACGAGUACUAUCAUACUGCACAAAACAGGGCGUGCCCGUCUGGGCCCUCGCCAUAUCUCUAUCAUUCUGUCUCCUCGCCUUCUUACAAGUCAACAAAUCUUCUGCAGAUGUAAUGGGAUACCUUGUUGAUCUCGUUACAUGUUGCCAAUUGAUCAACUACGGUUUCACGGCUGUGAUUUAUCGCCAUUUCUAUUCCUCUCUCAAGAAACAGGGUAUCUCUCGGGAUACCCUUCCUUACAAAGGACGUUUUCAACCAUAUACCUCCUAUCUCGCCAUGGGAGGAACAUUAUUCAUGCUUCUUGCCGGAGGAUACGAUCUCUUCCUAAAGGGGGGAUGGGAUGUGAUGUGGUUCUUCCUCGAUUACGGCAUGAUUGGAUUCUUUAUUGUCUUAUUUGUAGCCUGGAAAUUGAUCUUCAGGACAAAAUAUGUUUGGCCGGGGACAGCGGAUUUGAGUAUUGCUGGGUUGAAGGAGGAGAUUGAUGAUUAUGAGGUUUUGUAUGAGAUUAAUCAGGAGGGGAAGAAGAGUAAUUUUGUAGAUAAGUUGUUUGCUUAG